AUGGCCAGUCUGCAGUCUACUUUUCCCAAUAACAAUACGACCAGCGGCAAGGACAGUAAUAAUACUCCUGAUAUCCAUCCCAACUAUACCCUCCACAGCCCCACCUCCGCACCCCUAGCGACAGCAAGGGAGGACGAAGCUACCCCUUCCCGUUCUCGUCCAACGUCCACCGUCAACCACCUCAUAAUUCCCUGCCGUGACGUCGUGAAGCCCAAGGAAGCCUCUGACCAGCGCCAGCGCGGCAUAAGCACCUCAUCGAAGACGGCGGCGGCGGCAGCAGCUGCUGCAACGAUAGCAAUUGGCAAUAACAAUAACGAGAACUAUGAAGAUGUAACGGAACUCGUCGACCUCGCCCCGCUCCCGGCAUCAGAUCACAGCGACGAUCAUGAUCGUGACACCGCCCGCAAUCGCAAUAACAAUAAUAAUAUUGAUAUUGAUAACGAUAAUGGCAACGGCAGUAACCACAGCAGUCCAUCUUCGGCAUCAUCGAUCUCUUCAGGCUCCGUGCGCCUGGUUGUCCAACGUACACGAAGCACACAGCGGUCGGGCACAUCCGGUGACAGCGUGGAAAAUAUGGGUAGCAACACGGGCAUCCUGGGGGGAGUGAAGAGAUUCUGGUUUCGGCAUGUUUCGAUGACAGUGCCACGGAGACAGAACAGGGAUCAUUUUGUUAUAUGUUUCUCUCUGCGUCCACUUUGCCGAAGAGGCUGGCCAGCUUUGGUGAUCCCCAAAAAUGAGCCGGCCAGCUCUAGUAGCAAGCACGCCAUCCAUCAGAGCAUAAAAAGCAAAAGAACUCCAUUCCAUCCCUGCCCCUUGGACCAUGUCCAAAAGUUUGGUUUUCAUGAGCUUUAUGUUUUGGCUUCUGGAGAAGCCCUCGAACGGACUUUCCUAGCCUACAUCCGCACAUCCCUCGCCUUCGCCUUCCAAGGCGCCCUCAUAGCCCAGUUAUUCAGCCUGCAGAACAGGCAAGAUCAAGACGAUACGCCGUUCGGGUUCCACGCCGUCGGCAAGCCGCUGGCCUGUGGGUGUCACGCCUGUGCGAUAGCGGUUGCCGCUGUGGGCUCGUACCGCUUCUGGAGGCAGCAGAACGCCCUGGCGCGAGGCAAGGUGCAUGCCGGCGGUUGGGAAUUGGGCGUUUCUGGUGCUUGUGCGGCUGGGAUAAUCGCGGCGGCAUUUGUGCUAGUGGUGUUGAUAACUGCCAGAAAAUAA